GAGAAGAAGAAGAGAGCGCAAGAACGUAAACAAAAGGAGUGGAACAGCUGUUUAUGAUUCCCUAAAUCUGCAGUUUUAUCACACUGUUCUUACUAGGUUUUGAAGGAGAAACAACUGACAUACAAUAGUAAAGAUGGAGAUUAAGGAAGAACCCUGCAGAAUAAAAGAGGAAGAGACAGAGGAACAAAUAGAUGAAGAUGGAAAUGCAGUCAGUUCACAGACUGAACAAACCUUCGGACAAGCUGGAAAGACUGAAGUCGAAGAAUCUUUCUGCUGCACUGAGUGUGGGGAGAGUUACUCGGAUGAAUACACGUUCAGAGAUCAUCAGCUCUCUCAUUCUGAUAUAAAGACAUUCAGCUGUGAUCAGUGCGGUAAAACAUUUGUGUUGGAAAAGCACUUGAGACAACAUCUUCAAGUUCAUUCGUCUGUGAAGCCUCACGUGUGUUUCUGUGGGAAAAGUUACACAACAAUAUACAAGUUAAAAGAGCAUCAGGUUAUUCACACUGAACCUCAUGUGUGCUCGGACUGUGGGAACACCUUCAGUUCAUUAACCAACUUAAGACGACACCAGAAUAUUCACACUGGAGAGAAACCGUAUCAGUGUUCACACUGUGAGAAGAGUUUCACACAACCAGGAGGCCUGAAAGCGCAUGAGAAGGUUCACACUGGAGAGAAACCCUACGUGUGUUCAGACUGCGGGAAGAGUUUUGGUACGACUAGUAACUUAAAUACACACCAGAGGAUUCACACUGGAGAGAAACCGUACACCUGCUCUCAAUGUGGAAAGAGUUACUCAGAUAAAGGAAAUCUGAAUGUGCACAUGAAGAUCCACACAGGAGAGAAAGCUUUCUCAUGCACCGAAUGCGGAAAGAGUUUCGCACACAAAAACACUCUCAAAGAUCAUCAGCUCUCUCACUCUGGAGUAAAGCUGUUCAGCUGUGAUCAGUGCGAUAAAACAUUUAUAAAUGCAGCAUACUUAAAGCGACACCUUCCCGUUCACGCUGAUGUGAAGCCUCACAUGUGUUUCUGUGGGAAAAGUUAUGGAACAAUGGCUAAGUUAAAAAGGCACCAGAGGGUUCACACCGGAGAGAGACCGUACACGUGUUCAUACUGCGCAAAGAGUUUCCCUUAUUCAGAAUCACUGAAAGCUCACGAGAGAACUCACACUUGAGGAAAGCCGUAUCAGUGCUCAUCAUGCGAGAAGUUUUACCAUUGCGAAAUCCUUGGAGGUUCAUCAGAAAGUUCAUCACACUGGAGGAAAGCAGCAGCAAUGCUCUUAAUGCAGCAAGAGUUUUGCUCAAUUAUCUUACCUAUGAACUCAUAAAAUUUGCUCAAAGGUUCCUGAAUAAGACCUGCUUCAGAAUCAGAUCCAUCACGCGCUGGUAAAUUGUGUCAAUAUACAGAUAUACUGUAAAAGCUGUAAUUAUUUCCAUCAGACUGAGCUCAUCUAAGAAGCUCAUUUACUAAAUUCAUUCAUUCAUUUUCUUUUCGGCUUAGUCCCUUUAUUAAUCUGGGGUCGCCACAGCGGAAUGAACCGCCAACUUAUCCCGCAUAUGUUUCACGUAGCGGAUGCCCUUCCAGCUGCAACCCAUCUCUGGGAAACAUCCAUACACAACCAUUCACGCUUAUACACUACGGACUAUUUAGCCUACCCAAUUCACCCGCAUGUCUUUGGACUGUGGGGGAAACCGCAGCACCAGGAGGAAACCUACGCGAACGCAGGGAGGCAAACUCCACACAGAAACGCCAACUGACCCAGCCAAGGCUCGAACCAGCGACCUUCUUGCUGUGAGGCGACAGCACUACCUACUGCGCCACUGCGUCGCCAUCAUUUACUAAAUGCCUUGUUAAAAUGUUUUUUUUACACCGACUGUAAAUUUUACAACUAUGAGUAGGGCCAGACGGAAUCUGCAGACUUUUUUGGGGUAUUUCUGAGCAGACUUUUGGUAAAAAUCUGCGGAUUUCUGCGUAAUUAUUUUUGGAGUAUAAUAACUAAAACCUUAAUAUGUAAAAUAACUUUUAUUUAAUGUUUAAAAUGCAAAUCCAAUUAGAUUCACUUUAUUUGGUAAACAAAGCAAGUCUCUCAUAUAAUAGAUCUAGUAAAAGACAGAAAAUAUUACUGUACAAACUGCAUUGUAAAUAAAUCAGAUACUAAUAAAUCAGACUGUAAUUAAUUCUAAAACUGAGUAAAUAUAGAUUUAAACACAUUUACUUAAGAAAAUAAACAGAAUUAAUGAUGGGUUAAAAAUCUGUGGAGUUCUGCGCGCACAGAUUCCGUGUGGGCCUAACUAUGAGAAAUAAGCAAACCAUAUUACAUGAGGCAUUUGCAGUGGUGAAAAGAGUACUGAAAAAUCAAGUAAAACUACCAUUACUUGCCUAAAAAUGUAGUGUAAGUAGAGUAAAAGUAUCUGUUGUAAAUAUUACUCAAAGUAAUAUAUAACAAGUAAUAUCUAAUAUAUAACAAUUCUUUUAACAUUUCAUCAAAUGACUAAUGUUUUAAUAUGUCUAUAAGAUUUUUAAAUAUAAGUGAACUUUGCAAGUACAUGUCAAUUUACACUAACCCUAACCCCAACCUAACAGUCUACUUAUAAUCUAAUGAGAAUUAGUUGGCAUGCAGAUGCAAUGUAACUUAAAUUCAACAAAAUGCAUUAAAGGGACCAUUAAAAUAAAGUGAGUCAUAUUGAACAGAUGUAAACAGGUUUUUAACAUUGUACUCAACAUUAUACAGUACUGUAAAACAAAGUAAGUUAUUAAAGCUAUUGAACCGUUUGGUAUUAGAUGAAAUUAGAAGAAGACAAUUAUUACACCAUCAAAAUGUUUUCAAAUCAUUCAUUCACUCAUUUUCUUUUUCGGCUUGGUCCCUUUAUUAAUCUGGGGUCGCCACAACGGAAUGAACUGCCAACUUAUCCAGCAUAUGUGUUACGCAGCGGAUGCCCUUUCAGCUGCAACCCAUCUCUGGGAAACAAAUCAAAUCACUCUUAUUGUCACAUCAUCAGCAGCAUGUGUACUGUGAAAAGCUUAAGUGCUGGCUCCAUCAUUCAUUCAUUUUCUUGUCAGCUUAGUCCCUUUAUUAAUCCAGGGUCGCCACAGCAGAAUGAACCGCCAACUUAUCCAGCAUUUGUUUUACGCAGUGGAUGCCCUUCCAGCUGCAACCCAUCUCUGGGAAAGUGCUGGCUCCAGACAGUGCAAAAUACAAUGACAUACUCCCAGAAAACAAAACAAUAUACAAUAGGCAAUCUUGACAGUAAUACGUAGCAAAGAAUAAAUAGGUGUACACAGUCUGUUGGUGAGACUGUUGGUGGAAAGUUAAUAUUGGCAAUAUUGUAUUAAGUAAGGAUUGGUUAAAGUACAGUGCAUGCUACACCUUGAUGGUAUGCAGUGAGGGGUAUGGAAAGAGUUUGUGUGAGGUGUGUUAAAUGUUCAUCAGCCUGAUGAGUCUGUGGGAAGAAGCUUUCCUUCAGUCGGCUGGUGUGUAACUGGAUGCUGUAGAACCGUCUGCCUGAAUGUUCUCGAAAUCAUUAAUAUAAUCUGUUUCAGUAUGAAGUUUGACAAUAGUUUAUCUAGAUUGCUGUUUAUGUUCAAUUCAGCCACAUUUGGAUCCCUUGUGGUUCACGAAAUGUGUCAAAACAAUUAAAUAAACAGUGAUGUUUGUUUCUGCCAAACCCACAA